GAAUCUCAAUUUUAAGGGCCUAUAUACAUUUGGCCUCAUCUUCAAUAGCAAGUGCAAUGGUCAAUUUACUUCCUGCAACAACUUUUGCGGCGGCCUACAUUGUCGGAUUAGAGAAAGUGAAUAUCCAAAGCUUCAGGAGUAUAGCCAAGAUCAUCGGAACAAUCAGCUCUGUUGCUGGAGCCAUAAGCAUGCCAUUACUAAAAGGGCCAAGAACUCUAAGCAUGGAGCUUCAGCUAAUGCAUUCGUUAUUCAAAAAGGGAGAUGAGAUAUGGUUGCUUGGUUGUUUCAUCCCCUUAGCAGGCACAAUUUGCCGGUCAGCUUGGCAACUUUUGCAGGUGCCGGUGUCCAAGAGCUAUCCCGAUCAUUUACCCGUAACAGCAUGCAAGGAUGUGCUUCAUGGUUGCCUUGCAAUCUGCAGCUGUCACGUUUUUCACUGAGAAAGAUUUCACAAGCUUGGA